UCCUGUUUAAGGUGUCAACUUCAGCGGUAAUCUUACUGUAUCACUCUUUGCACUAUACGACUGGCUAUAUGAUCUGCUAUAGACUGUUUACACAAGUAAAAGUAGUCAGGAAAAAAUCGGUUAGUCUCGUAGUGAGUAGUGUUAUUUUCGGCAGGUUGCUUUUAUAACAAUUAAAAACCUGUUCAUCAUAUUGCAGGUACUUGAAUAAAAGAAGCCCAAAGAAUUUUGUUGCCCUCUUUCUAAUGUAGAUUCCUCCUUUUUACAGAUUUAAAAACAUAUCAAAAUGGCGCUAGAGCCACUGGAUAUCUCUGAGCAUGAGUUGCUCUUCAAAGCAACCAAUUUAUCCAAACUGGCCUCCAUAGAUUUGUCGCAGGAGGACAGGUCAAGAGUUGAAAUAUUUGCUGAGUAUUGUUCUAAGAAGCGAGAACCUGUUUGCGGUCAGUUUUUGAACUUGUUAAAUGGAUCUGAUGGAUUGAUUGUGAAUAUGUCUGCCAGAAUAAUCGCCAAGAUUGCCUGUUGGAACCCAUCUGCCAAUUUACUUGACAGCUCUCAUUUCACUUUUACCUGAAUUGGUUGAAUGGACAAUUAAAAUUGAGUGUUUUUUCAAUGCACGACCCCAUUAUAGCUGAGGAAGAGACCCUUCUCACAAGCAGCGAUGGUGAAAGAGUAUGUGAGGCUGAAGAUUCAUG